CACUAUCAGAUACAUAAAAACAAAAUUUACAAACAAACAUCAGCUAUAAAUCCAAUCAAUUUGAACCUUCCCUAGUUGUUUCCUUUCAAGACUUGGUGAAAAGUGGCCAUAAAUAAACUGCUAUAAAUAGAUUACAAAGUUGUUGGAUCUCACCACCCACUCUACAAACCAAACACUCACACUUACACUUGAAAAUCAGAGAUUGGAAUUUGAAAAUGGCAGAUUUGUUUAUCAAGCAGGCAGAGCAGUACUCUGUGGGCAGGCCUUCUUACCCCAAAAAACUCUUCGAUUUCAUCGCAUCAAAAACACCUUCACAUGAUCUUGCUUGGGAUGUCGGCACUGGCAGCGGCCAAGCCGCCCGAUCUCUAGCUAAUAUCUACAACAACGUUAUAGCAACAGACACAAGCCCAAAACAACUCGAAUUCGCAGACAAAUUUCCGAACGUAACUUACAAACAUACCUCUCCAAGCAUGACCAUAUCCGAACUCCAAGAAAAAAUCGGCCAAGAAUCAAGUGUCGAUUUAGUCACCAUAGCCCAAGCCAUGCAUUGGUUCGACCUCCCGAAAUUCUACGAGCAGGUUAAAUGGGCCCUCAAAAAGCCCGAUGGCGUCAUAGCCGCAUGGUGCUACACGACUCCGGAAGUCAACCCUGGAGUUGACUCGGUGUUACAGAGAUACUACAAGGAUGGUGUGGGCCCGUAUUGGGAUCCGGCCCGUAGGUUCAUCGAGGAGAAGUAUGAGACCAUUGAUUUUCCAUUUGGACCGGUAGAUGGGCUUGACAAUAAUGGGCCCUUCAGGUUUGAUUCGGAGAAGGUGAUGGAUUUGGAAGGGUAUUUGACUUACUUGAAGUCAUGGUCAGCUUACCAAACGGCUACAGAGAAAGGUGUGGAGCUUUUGACCGAUGAUGUGGUCGACGACUUCACGAGGGGAUGGAAUGAAGAUGGGAAAAUUGAGAAAAUUGUCAACUUUCCUGUGUAUUUGAGGAUUGGGAAAAUCGGGUCGUAAAAUUAUCGAGUAUUUAGGCGUGAUAAUGCAAUGUAUUUGAAAUAAAGCUGUACUAAUGAAUGCGAAAAAUGUGCAGAGUAGUGAAAGAAUAAAAGAUCCCUCUUAUUUUUUUUUUAACUCGUUUGCCUAAAUUCAUAAGCUUGAUCAAUGUAUCUGUGUGUUGUUAUCGAGUGCUUAAGGUAUUUCAUAGUCACACAAAUUUCAAUCACAUAUCAAGUUGCUCUGUUUUGUACUCUCCAAUGUAAUCACUACUUCUAACUGACUAAACCAAUGUUUUAAGAAUAUUUAGCACUCUAAAAUAAUCCUUUGCCUCAGCCAUGAAGGAUC